AUGGCAUCGAGGCCUCUCCAGAACUCUCCGACCCUCCGGCUGUCUGUCGAAGUUGUUUUGAAAGAGCAGACAGCUGUGAGUAGAGGGAACACAAAGGCUUUCGAUAUUACCCAUGAGGGGUGUGUCGUCGUCUGGGUGCUCUUUCUUUGCUGUUCCCUCUAGUUUUUCUGGUCGAAUGAAGUCUCUUCUGUCAGUCAGUGAUAUUAUUCUCUGUUUUUUAGUUUGUCAUCAGAGAGCUCUUUGUUUUCCUCGUCUCUACACAUUAAUCUCUAUAUUCUCCUUACUAUUCCUUCAUCUAUAACUCGAAUCGGAUUUUUUUAUGUUAGUCUAAUAUCUCUUUCUUCUCCCUGCUGUCUCUUUGGAGCGAUCUCUGUUCGUCUGUCGUUUCUAGUGGUUUCGGAGCCCUUCCCGAAGCCUCUCCGGCGUCGAAUGUUGAAAUGGACAGGGAGGGUGGGGUAUAUAAGGGAGGCCUCGGAUGCUCUCCCUUCAUUUCUCUCCUUUUCGUCGAUCGAUACGACCGUCAUGUGGGUCGAUUUUGCUUCCGAUUCUUCGUGUUACCGUACGUUUGCUGCCCCGAGGGGUGUAACUUGAUGUUAUCUUCAGAAGCCCUGGAAUUCGAAUGGGAUUGUGAGUUUUACUUCUGGGUAAUACACUUGGUUUGACUGGUUUUGGCUGGGGACAUAGUAUCUUAGGUUUUUGUUUUAAGGGUAUUGUUUUAGUUACCUUGACAUAGAAGAAAAAUAGUCAUAUUACAGUAAUUCUUUGGGUGUAUAUAUUGUGUUAUUUUAUUUAUGGGGUAUAUGUUGUGACAUUUUACAUUACCGUGGCAUUUUUAUUUGUGGAUUUGCGUUUUCAGAAUCGGGAUUCUUCUGUAA